CCACGCUCCAGAGCAGCUUGUCCUGACACAAGGACGCACGUCCCCUCCUCUCCCCAGCUCUCCUCUCCUCUCCUCUCCUCUCCUCCAGCGGAUCAAUCUGCCGGAGAGAGAGACAUGAGGUCCCGGCAGACUGGCCGCGGACAGACCUAUGAGGGAACAUGAGUGGAUGUAAUUUCUCUCAAGACAAGUCAGACAGCUUGAUUUUUUUUUUUAAAGUGUAACGAGGUUCACUUUCCUCGUGCGUAUUGAAGAGCGACGGGAGAAUUAGUUGUUGGAUAUUUUGCAUCAAAUUCUCCUUGAGAAAUAAUAAUAUAAAACACACUUUUAUAAAUUGGAGUUCCCGCUGAGCAACUUUUUUCCUGUCUUGGAGUUAUUCCGGAGAUGGAGCCGGAGGACGGGAAGAUCUCGGUAUGGGUCUGCCGGGAGGAAAAGCUCGUCUCCGGGCUGACGAAGCGAACCACCUGCGCCGACGUGGUCAAGGUGUUGCUGGAGGACCAGAACCUGCAGCAGGGCGCCUCGGCGGCGAUGCUGUCCGGCUCCCCUCAGUCCUACUGCGUGGUGGAGAAGUGGAGAGGCUUCGAGAGGAUUUUGCCCAACAAGACCAAAAUCCUCCGGCUGUGGAGCGCCUGGGGAGACGAGCAGGAGAACGUCCGCUUCGUCCUGGUGAAGAACGAAGCGUCGCUGCCCAACAACGGGCCCCGCAGCGCAGAGGCCCGAGUAGUCCAGAGCAGGGAGAGCGGCGGCCCGGGCGGACUGCUCAAGGGCACCGCCAGGACAUGCUGGACCGCCGCGGCUGCUGCUGCCAACCUGUCCCAGGAGAAGCAGAGGCGCAUCGUCAGGAAGGCUUUCAGAAAGUUGGAUAAAAUGAACAAAAAGAAAGAGCAGACGGUUUCUAAGGAUAAGGGCUCCGUGGAGAAGAUGGAGACGUUGGUUCACCUGGUGAUUUCUCAGGACCACACUAUCCGGCAGCAGAUCCAGAGGAUCAAGGAGCUGGACCGGGAGAUCGAGCGCUACGAGGCCAAAGUACACUUCGACCGUAUCAAGAGACAUGGGGUGAACUAUGUGCAGGACACAUAUAUGGUGGACGCAUCGGAUUCUUCUUCGGACUGUAAGCGCAAAGCGGAGCGUCAGGACGCGCGGUGCACCGCGGAGGCGCUUGCGCAGUUCGAGGAAUACGCGCGCCGGUGCGAAGAGGUGGUGAGGCUCCAGGAGGAGCUGACGGAGCGGGAAGCGCUGGUAGAGAGCAUCACCGGGGAGAUCCAGGAGGAGCUCAACCGGAGGUGGAUGAAGCGGAGGCGGGAGGAGAGAGGGACGGAGGCGGCGCAGGAUGCAGACAGCCUGGCGGAGGAGAUGUGCCUCACCGCGUCCACCGCUCCAGCUGUAGAACCGGAUGUCGAAAGUCUGUCUGAGAACGAGGUCGCGCUGGAAGAGGAGAGGAUCAAAACCCAGCUGGACACCAGUCUGUACAUCGGCCUGAGGCUGAAGACGGACCUGGAUGCCAUCAGGGGGGACUUGGACCUGAGUCUGGCACUCUGGGAAACCAAAGAGAGCGAACUGUUGGACCUGCUGGCCAAAGUGGAAACCAUGGAGAUAGAGCAAGUGAACAAAAACGAUGAUGGAAAAGGAGAGGUGGGUGCAGGGGGCGCUGAGGCCGAGGCAGCUGGGUCCGCCGAGAAGAGCGGCUGCUGGGUGGAGCAGGCCCGAGGUCUGUCCAAGGCCUGUAACACAAACGACGAGGACUCGGACACGGGCCUGAGCUCCAUGCACAGCCAGGACUCUGACAACCCACCUGUGUGCGAGUCACUGGUGUAGACACGCUGGACUUUUAUGCAAAUUCAAAGCCACAAACUCAGGGGCAGAGAAAUCAGUGUUGGCAAUAUAGCGGGGGAUGUUCUCCUCUUCCCAAAUUGCACCUCUGCAUGGACACUGUAAUUCUAUAGCAAUAAUUCCUGUAAGUAGUCAGUGCACAAUAAGCUAGAGUGGACAGCAUGCUUAGUUAGAGGACUGUGCUGCUCUAUAGCUGACCUUUGACCUCCAUGAGGAAAGUCAACAAAGCACCACUUAUUAGGAGGAGAACUAGCCUAGAAGAGUAUUAUAACAAGUCACUAAUAAUCUGUAGUCUUCCGACAUCAAGAUAUUGAUCGCAGGUUUACAGAAAUGUUGUCUAAUGAAGUGACCGAAAGGCUGAAAUGUUGUUUCAAAAGAACUUAGUACGUCAGCAUAACAUCUGAGAGGUUUCCUUUUAAAGGUGAACAUCAGGUGAGCCUCAAUGGAACAGAUGUCCAUCAGUGUAUAACAUGCUCCAGUUAAACACAGUAAAAGAAAAAUAAAAAACCUUGCAGAAGUCAUAACCGCAAAACAAAUGUUAAAACACAAAACUGUUUUGAGAAGAGCAGAGCUGAUAGAUCACUUGAUAUUGUCCUGUCCUGUAGCGUCUGGCUCUCACGCACAAAAACUCAUAUUUGUUUAAACAUGCCACAGAGCGGAACGGAGGCAAAGUUAACACACACCGUCUUUUAUUGACUGGGUUUAAACACGACACGUCUGUUUAUUGAGAUUUUCGGCGUCACAGGUCAUCGAGGGGGCGUUUCUGGGAAUCGUCUCCCACAUUUCUAAACCCACCACUUUUGAAAACAACAUAAAACCAACAUUCGUUUCAUCUGAAUCAGCGUUUCAACCUCACUCGUUGCUCCAGACUUCCUAAAUUGAUUCCAGCUUCGAUUCACAGGCUCCCGAAUCAAUUCAAUACCAAUUCAUUUAGAGGGAUUUCAGAAGCUAACUUACUUAAAACUUAAGCUGAUGUUGUCAUUGCUUCCAGAGAUUUGUGGUAUUUCUGCGUUAUUUUAUCUCUAGUUUCUCAUGUUUCAUGUGUAUUUGCUUUUGUCCAGCUCUUCUCUUUUGCUAAAUCCAAUCAUUUGGAUUGGAUUGCUAUCGUUUUGGAUCUCCCUCCCACGUAGACUAAUCUUGUUGCCCGGCCUGGAGAGAUUUCCAAGGAGAGGAUGCAGCAAAUGACGUGUAAUUGAGAAAUCGACACCAGGAUUUCAUAAAUCGAUAUCGAAUUGAAAAAUUACUUUUGUUUUAAAUGCAGCUCUAAUUAUAAGCUAACAACACUUAAAAGGGAUGGAAGGUGUUUUACCUGAGCUGUAGAGUCCAAGAAGAGCCACGAAAAAGAAAAAAAAGGAAAGAGUAAAGUAAAUAUUACUCCAAAAAUAAAAAUAAUAUCGUAAAGUAGAUUUAUUUAUCUGAGUUGGAUUCACAGCAACAAAUGAAGAGGGAACCCUUCUUAUUGUGCAGAGAAAAGACAAAUUAUUCCCAAUUUGUUGAAAUCCUGUAUUUGAUUUAACAUUUCCCAUAAUGCAGCUGGAUAUGAUCUUUAGCUUCCUAAAGGCUCUGUGCUUUGAAAUCGGACCUCGCAGCUAGCCAGUUAAAUCUUAGACAAGUGUGAUGAUUUCAUCUGGAUAAACAAAAAACAAUUUAUCUGCUCCAGUUGUGAGUGAAUCCAUGGGUGAAAUUGCCACUCUUUAAAGGGCUCCAUGAAAAGCUUCUUACUCAACCGUACUCGAUGCAAGCAGACGAGAAAAGCCAGGUGUUUAAGUCAAGUAAAAAGUAAUAAAAACCGAAACAGAAGCAGGAGAUAUGUGCAGUACACUAGACUAUGAAUCCACCGUCAACAAAUUCAUGCAAAUAAUUUACGGAAGCAUUUUGGGCCUCUUUGGUUUUCCAUAUUUCCUUUCCUGCAGUUAUUUUUAGUUUCUGUGUAAACACCUGGCGCAGAAAUCCAAACAUAUAUCGUCCUUUUUCGUCUUCGCAGACUUUCAGACUUGCACUUAUGAACCGUCUGUGAGUGCAAACACCAGGAAGAUUUUAAGAUGCUUUUGGGAGACACAGCCCCCGUUUAGUAAUCCGCGCAGUCCCUGAACACUGUGACAUUAAGAGGGAACUAUUUUAAGGCUCACUUUUUAUCCUGGAAAUAGUCGCGGCGGUGCGGCGUUAGCUCUGCCUCCUGGUACGCUCUGGCUCAGACCUGCAACACGUUAUUUACAGACUCAACCCUUUACUGUGUACUUUGUCGGGAUGUUGUGUCGUUGGUUCCUAACAUGUUUGACUUUGUCUUAACUGUGUAACACCUAGUAGAAAACUGAUGAUGCUGUAUUUAAAUGACGUCUCUUGAUCAGGAAGCUUCUCGGCCUCAGGCGUUUGGUCCCGCUACGCGUGGAUGGACGGCUCCAGACGCUGCGACGACGCAACUCACGUGCAUCAGUCAGCACAUUAUCACACACGACUGCUAGUGUUGAAAUAAAUGGCUAAAAUCCGA